UCCACUGAGGAGCAAUUAGUCAUACUUUUUUUAUCUUUUUCCAUCGAUAGAUAAAAGAAAUUAGAUAUACGUCGACAAUUUAAUUGAGUUUUGUUCCUGAACUUGUUGCAAAUUUGAUACUAUCGACUUAAUUGAUGAAAGACUAACGAGUUUCAAGACACCGUAGGAGAACAAAACUUCAUACAGCUGUAUCGGUUCAACUUAAAGAUGUACAAUAAAUCAUGGUCUCUCAACAGUAGUCUAUUAAACUCGGAAAGCUUUGACGGCUACGAAGAGGAAGAUGACGACCAGUACGUGCCGUACAACGAGCGGCCCGAAACUUACGUGGUGCCCAUACUGUUCGUGCUGAUUCUCAUCGUCGGCGUCGUGGGCAAUGGCGUGCUGGUCUUCACGCUGGUGCGCCAUCCCAAUAUGCGAAACAUCCCAAACACAUAUGUGCUAUCGCUGGCUCUGGGAGAUCUUUUGGUGAUCUGUACCUGCGUCCCGUUCACGUCGGUGCUUUACACUAUCGAAUCUUGGCCAUGGGGUCUUGCCGUUUGCAAGCUAUCCGAAUUCGCCAAGGACAUCUCCAUCGGCGUUUCCGUUUUCACUUUAACGGCCCUGGCUGCGGAGAGAUACCACGCAAUCGUGAAUCCAAUUCGACGCCACGUGGCAGGUUUAUCGGCCAAACCGUUGACGAUCCUGACGGUGACCUUAAUCUGGCUGCUGGCCACGGUGCUCGCUCUGCCCGCGGCGCUUUUUUCUCAUGUGCCAGUGGAAAUCUUGAAGGGUAACCAAACCAUCUCCAUCUGCAGCCCUUUUCCCAAUGAGUUUGGUGAAAGUUAUGAAAAAGGAAUGGUGCUUUUCAAAUUUUUGGCUUAUUACGCCUUGCCACUCUGCAUUAUAUCGGGAUUCUACUGUGGUAUGGCUCGUCACCUGGAACUCUCCACAAGAAACAUGCCAGGAGAGCAACCCGGAGUACCGCAUCAGUGCGAGCAAAUACGAGCUCGAAAAAAGGUCGGAAAAGUGGUUAUAGCUUUUGUGAUAAUCUUCUUCGUCUGUUUUCUACCCUACCAUGUAUUUAUGCUGUGGUUUCACUUUUAUCCAUGGUCUCGAGAAGUUUACGACGAAUUCUGGCAUGCCUUUCGUAUAAUUGGCUUCUGCCUGAGUUUCAUUAAUAGCUGCGUCAAUCCAAUCGCAUUAUACUGCGUUAGUGGAACAUUUAGAAAAAGAUUUAAUCAAUACUUAUGUUGCUGUCUACCAAGUGUAAAGAGGACAGCCAAUGCUCAGGGAAGAUUUCCAAGAACCAGAGGAGAGGCAAGUACAUUUUACGAAACUAGCUUCAAUUCGACAUAUCGAAGACACACGCAAGAGCUAAAUUCUAGUACUCUACUGAAUUUCUCCGUUGAAAGUAAGAUUGUGUGAGACAGGCUGUUCUAGUCGUUCGUGCAAAAUUAUAUAAAUUUCAUUUAAGGCUUGACAUUUAAAAUAGAUUCAAAACUAAUAAUUUAAGAGUAUAAAUGUCUAGGACUAUACUUACUUUCACAUUCUCGAAAUUCUUCACAACUCAAUACAGCAUGUGAAUAUAUUUCUAAUAAUUUUUAAACAAAUAA